AGUUGUUUCGAGAUGGUCACGCUCAAUUGUAUUAGGUGAACCGGAAAAUAAUGUCGUUUUUUGCAAUUUUAAAUACUUGUUUAUCGUUCAUCAGCUCAUUGAUUUUUAUCGAUCUGGCAUUGGCAAUUUGCAUACUAGAUGGCAAAAGGCGUUAAAUAAAUUCACGGAACAACUACUAGUAACUUUUUAGAGUAAGAAAUAGUACGUACGUGUUUCCAUACAACGAAUACUGUAUUUAGAAACUGUGUAUAUAAGGGUGUUUAGUACAGGGUGUUCAUCGAACACAGGGUGUUUAGUGAACAUUCGGAGAUAAUUCUACAGACGAGUAGAAUUAAUUAAACUAAAUUAAACAAGAACGACGAAGGUGUAUUCGAGGCUUUUCUAUUAGGUCGACGUAAAAAUAAGUUUGUUUUUUGUAUGGUUCGAUAAGUUUCUUUGCAAAGGCAUUUUUAGUGCGCGUCCUUAAAGUACUGUCCUUAAAGUACUGCGUUAACAGAAAACAAUGUUCUACUUUGCAGAGCAUUUUAUAAAUAAAAGCAUACUUCAAAGAGGUCUCUCUUUCGUAAACUUACUACCGUUUGAAAAUUCUUCUAAACGUCCCAUUCGUUCCCAACAGAGUUUCCAUAAAUUGGAGUCAGCAAUCGAUACGAAUUACGAAAUGAUCCGAAGUGCUCUCGGAAGUAAAACGCGCAUGCCAAACAAUCCCACUUGACAACGAAACGUUAGCGCGAUCAGCGGUGACAGUCGCUGAAAGAGGGUGGCAGGUUAUCGAAUUCCGCCCUUUUAUCGUUUUCAACGUCGCGGCUCCAUCGGAUGGAGCAAAGGGAGAAUCGAGCUUUUCUGUUUCAAAAAGUAAGUAGCGCGCUUCUCGCCUCGAAUUACGCGCUGCCCCGGGCCGUCGAAUGAAUUUUAUUCAUAAAAGCUUGAUCUUUGUUUGCUUUUUCUCAUUAAAAAUGAGAAGUUACGUUGCCUUUAUUGUUGAUUACAAAUUUCUUUCUAAAAGUUUAUUCCGCGAGGGAUCGAGUAGAGUGACAAACUUCCUUUUGACAGUUUUCACAGUUUUGACAGUGAUAGUUUUUUUCCUUUUAUGUUAAGUUUUUAUUAAAUGCGAGUACUUCCUUAAUUUUUCCCCGCAGCAAGGCGCGGAAACGCUAGCUUUUCCAGGUGAAUAGCCUACCAGGUGAAAGGCUGAGCUUGAAUAAAGCACGAGGUGAAUCAAAGGAGAAUGUCCGACGCGCAGAGAUGCUCCAAGCCACGCAGGAUUGGCGGGAAAAGCCGUAAGAGGGGCGCGGCGACCACCAGACAGCGUGCAAACUUCUUCAGAACACGGUAUUACUUCACCAAAGGCCAUGAACACUUGGGCGAACCGCGAAAUGUCAACGAGGAGCAAUCGCCGUUCCUUUACCCUCCCUGCUCCCUCAUGUUCUCUUAUUUUCAAUACUGGAAAGCGAAGAAACGCACGUCGGACUUGGAACAGAGGAAGGGCGUUGCCAGAACAGCACGGAAAAACGAUAUCUUGCGGACGCUUCGCGUGGACGUGGAGAUCGAGAGGUUGGAGGCGAAGAAACACAAAGACCCAGACGAAGCGAUAGCCAUUACCGACGUGGAUCCAGAAUUCUUCCAAGGACUCUCUGGGAGGGUGGUAAAGGAAAGAUUUUCUGUACACACGUACGUGAACGACAACCGCGAGAUUCUGAAGACUAGGUUGCUAGCUGGCCAGGCAUUGGACGACUGUAUUCGUAUAGAGCAGCAAUUCGUGGAGGAGCAGAAGAGACUGGAUAAGUGCAAGCGUCGUUAUCGUCUCUACGUGAGUGGUUUCGAGGAGUUCCUGUCGAAGGAUCACGAGGAGAGCAUGAAGAUCCUGGUUCAGGCGGAGGAGGAGAUGAGGCUGACCAAAGAGGUGAGCGACAAGAGGAACCAGCUUUCGAAGGAAUACGGUCAGGUCAGGCUAGAAGUGUACUUCUGGGAGGAAAAUUGGAGGACGGUGAAGAUGUGCCAGAGGUUCCUGUACCAGGUGUCGCCAAUCUCCUGGCGCGUGGAACACGACUGGAUUCAUCGGUCCGAGUCGGGCGAGAACAUCGUCUCCGACAGCGCGGACGAUUUAUUCGGUCGAUACAGAAUGGUGGACGAAGUCGCGUCGCUCGACACUUUGAUAGAUUUGUUCGAGCGGGAUAUAUUAGACGCGGGGGCAACCGAAAUGUACUUCGAGGAUCCGUUCGACCUGAUUCGAGUGUUCAGAACGAUAGAAACCCAGAACCUGAACGCGCUGAUCCAUCUGGAGUCGUUGGCGGAGCCUAUGACGGAGAUGCUGGCGACGAUCGAGACCGCCGAAGAGCAGAUCCAGUCGGAAGUCGACGAACUCGUCAGCGAAAUCGACGAGCUUCGAAGUUCCAUCCGGAAGCUGGAAGCCAGAGCGGUGGAGUUGGAGAAGUACGCGAACGUGCUCUUGGCGGGCAUGUUUCGUGACUCCGUGUGCUCCGACGAAGUGCUGCGUUUUCAAGUGUUCAUCGAGGACGCUUACGAGACCUGCAUCGCGCCGAACGACGCCAAUCUGGACAGUUUCUCGAUGAUGAAAUGGAUCGAGAAGACCCACGAGGAGCUCAACUUGGAACUGGACACGCUGCCGCCGGAUGUGGUGCAGGUUUGCGAGAGGGAAGGCUUCCGGCAGGAGUUGAAAGCGAUGCAGGAAACGGAGGAAGCGGCCAAGAAGUUCGAGCUGAUGCUUCGGUUACUGGCUUCCUUGAAGCGUGUCAUGGAGCCACCGACGAUAAAGAUGCGGCCUCUAAUGUGGCGUUCCGAGCCAUCGAGUCAAAGGGCCAAACGGAUACCUCCGCCGCCAGAACCCACCGACGAGGAGUGGCAGUAUUUGAACUUCUUCUCCAACUAUUGCAAACAAGAAGACUUCGCCACCUAUCGUUCCCAAUUCCCGGACGAUUUCGACCUAACUUUCCAUACCAGACGUCGCAAGAGCAUCGCUGAAAACAGUCGAACCUCUGUCGCCGAAGACAAGAGAACUUCUGACGAAUGAUCGACAAGAUCGACGUCUUUAAAACGUCUUUAAUUCGAGGAAUUCGCUAUUGGCUAACGAUAUCUUCGCAUGGUAGACAAAAUCGGUAAAAUAUCAUCGUUUAUUGUAACACGUUCACCGGCGAUAAUCGUGAAAAUUCCUACGAAGCUAAUUAAAGGGCCAGACAGAAGCAACCAGUCGAAGCGAAGCUCGGCGAUUUCUUUCUUCGCUCUCUCAAUUACUCAUUCGACGCGUUUCCACGACUACGAUAUCAAUCUCGCAGACGAGAUCGUGAAUAAUGUACGACGUUUUCGGUCUGGUUGAAUCUUCGGCGUCCAAUUACGUAAUUGAAUUAAUCAACUCCGUGGAUGUCGACGCACGGAGACGAACGCAUAGUUACCGAUUCCGUCUACUGCGUUCGCUGUGCUUAAAUUAUGUCAAACAUUUGCAUAGCGCUACGUGCUUAUUCUAAUAUAAUAUUUUUAUUAUUAUCAUUAUUUCACUGUAUUAUUUUACUAUUUUAAUAAUAUUAUUACGUUUCUGUAUUACUGUAUACGUAAUUGUAUUCAAACUUGUAUUCAUUACCGCCACGCAUUUGGAAUGAAUCUCGUUAGUUUCUCGAUGAAAGACUCCUGUGACCCAUUUCUGGACGACCGACGCGUUCAAGAAAAUUUAAUAGAAAGAAGCGACGUAUCGGCCGUGCGUCAACGGAAAAUUUUCUUUUGCUCCAGUAUUCUCGACGCUCAAUUUCUUUUUAGGCGCGCGGGAGUAAAAAGGAGUGAAAGUUCUAUUCGCGAGGCCAGCAUAAUGGCUCGGCUAACUACACGCGUAAAAUUCUUUCUUGAUGGAGGUUAAUUUAUGGACACAGUGUUCGACUGAAAGGAGCGUAACUGAUCGCGAACUUUCUCACGAGGGAGGCACGGAAAAACAGGUUAAUCUCGCUGUUAACGACAAGAACAAUUAACGCCUGUUCGCGGCAGCUGGUCUGUUUGGCUACGUACUUUCCUAUCUUACUUUCGGUUGACUGACUAGUCACCAAAUUUUGUUGGCGAUGAUAGGCUCCUACAGUAUCAAAAGGUUUGCCAAAACGCACAGACCAUGGAUUAUACGUAAUUUUGUUUCAGUUGCACUCAUUUCUAACCCAAUCAAACCAACUAGGCUUAGAGACAAUUGAAUGC